AUGGAGAAGCCAGAUGUCGAGCACGUCUCUUCUGACGAAAGAUUGGACAAGCACCCGACUGUUGAAGCCUUUCCUCAGGCCGCUCGAGCCGAAGGCGGCGUUGUCCUCAAUGUCGAUUCACCCGGCGACUCGCCCCUUCAUCUUGCUGCAGAUGGCCAUACUGUUCUCCUGCCGCAGCCCACCGAGGACCCUAGUGACCCCCUGAACUGGCCCUCCUGGAAGAAACAUGCCAUUCUUCUCACAAUUGCCUGGGGAGCCUUUUGCGCCGACUUCACAUCGGCUGCUGGCAGCGCUCCGAUUCUGCUACAGGCCAUGGAGUGGCACGAGAGCAUUGCCAACGUCAACCACACCAACAGCAUUAACGUUUUGAUGAUGGCUUUGGGAGGCUUGAUCUGGGUCCCCAUGACAUCUUUCCUUGGACGAGCGCCGACACUAUUCUGGUCCAACUUUUUGGGGCUCAUCUUCUCUAUUCUCACCGCAAUUUCGCCCAAUUUUACCUUCUUCUUUGCUAUGCGAGCACUCACUGGCUUCUUCAUCACAUCGGCACAGACAAUCUCGAUCGCCUUCAUCAAGGACAUGUUCUUCUUCCAUGAACGCGCUCGCAAGAUUGGCCUGUGGGCAUUGCUCUACAUCGCCUCGCCAUUCUGGGGACCGUUGGUCGGAAACUUUGUUCUCGGCGGGACUGGUUCCUGGGAGAAUGUUUUCUGGGUCUGUGUCGGAGUCUGUGGUCUUGAUAUGAUCUUGAUCUUCAGCUUCCUUGACGAGACCUGGUACAAUCGCGAUAUUCCCUCUAGCGACCAACCUCCGCGCGGUCAUACCGUGCUAGCAAGGCUGUCUAGGGUCAUUGGAAUAUGGGAGCUCCAGCACCAUCGGCUUUACUACGAGACGGCAUACGAUUCUUUCAAGAGAUAUAUCCAGACUCUGCUCAAGCCACCGGUUUUCUUGAUCUUGUCCGCCUAUCUGCUCUUUUUUGCCUGGGCCAUCGGCAUCAACAUUACAACCGCCAUCCUAUUUGGCACACCGCGAGAAUUCGGUGGCUACGGCUACUCCUUCAAUGGUGUCGGUUACCUCUAUUUCUCUCCCAUUGUUGGAAUCAUGUUUGGCGAAGUCUUCGGCCACUAUUUCAACGACUUCGUCGCUCGUCGCUAUGUCCGAAAGCACAAUGGUGUGUUCGAGCCCGAGGCCCGUCUGUACACGAUUUACAUUUCCUCCGUCUUUAUGAUCGUCGGGCUCGUUCUGCUUGGACAGGCGCUUUUCCACCGCCUCUCAGCCGCAGCUGUCGUAAUGGGUUGGGGUCUACACAGUUUCGGUAUCAUGACCGCCUCCGUUGCCGUCACGGCAUAUGUCCUGGAUUCGUAUCCUACUGCGCCUGCGGAGGUUUCUGGCUGGUCCAAUUUUGCCCGAGCCAUCGGUGGCUUUGGUGUUGGCUAUUUCCAGCAGCCGUGGGGUGCAAAGGUCGGAUACGACGUUAGCUUUGGUACGCAAGCUGCUAUUGUGGCUGCUGGAGUUGUCAUCGUUGCUAUCGUUCAUCGAUACGGUCACAUUCUUCGCCUCAAGGCAGGGCCGGUGAGGUAG